AUGGAUAUGGAUCCCAAAGACCGCUUCCAUCGCCAUUUCCACGAUUCGGUCGCACUGAUCCGUGAAAAAAUCGGAGAGCUUGAGAACGUUGCCGCCGUCGGCGGAGAGCGCCAGGAUGCUAUAGAGCACAUCCUCGCCUGCCUGACGCGGCUCUCGAACGAAGUCGCCGACGCUUCGCACUAUCUCCCCGCCUACGACCAGCGCACCUGCCAGGAAGCCAUCAAGGCAUUGCGCGAGCAGUUCGAAAAAGUGCGCGCGACCUUCAAGCCAAAGACUCGCUUCCAGUUUAAGAACCGCAACGGUGUGCCACACAAGCCGUUCCCUGCCAGUGAGUGCGACGGGGAGAACAGCAACUCGCGCGCUGGCGAGAUGCGUUGGAUGCCAGUGCCCAGUAGCAAUGGAAACGACAUCCCUCCGCCUAAGUGCGAGGAUCCCCUCAUGAAUUUGCCGGGCUUGAAGCCUGCGCCUGCUCCGAAGAACUACAAUGCUGUUAUUGCGACUUCGACGGGGAUUCGCAAGCCGAGUUUCUCUACGGUCAAGGAGAUCAAUAUCGCCCAUCACAGUGGUCUUCACAUCGCGCUUCCUGGCACUGCUGCGGCUGCCACUUCAUCCGGCACGGUCACCGAACUCGAUCAGUGCGUUGUCGAUAUGUCUAUUCCAACCAUCAGUAGUGGUGUGCCUGCGCCAUUGCCCUUCCGCAGCCUUGCGCUCAAGAACAUCAAGAACAGCCUCAUCAUCUGCGGUCAUGUUGAGGGUCCCGUUCACAUCACAAACCUUAAGAACUGCGUUGUCAUGGCCAUGGCGCAGCAAGUGCGCAUUCAUGAGUGCGAGGACGUCACUUUCUACCUGCAUGUUCUCAGCCGUCCGAUCAUCGAGGACUGCAGGAACGUACGGUUUGCCAAGACCCCUGCGGGUUAUCUGACUGAAAAGCAGCAACUGGAAGAGACCAACCUCUUCGAUCAGGUCGAUGACUUCAAGUGGCUCAAGGCCACCCCAUCUCCUCACUGGAGUCUGGUCCCCGAGGAGGAGGUCAUUCAGGAGCCCGUCUGGAAGAAGUACCUUGUUGGUCGUAUCGGUCCGGCCAAGGUUGAGGACACCCUGCGUGCUUUUGGCAUCCUGGGUAAGGACACCUGA